UAUGUGUGUGUGGUGACAAAAACUUGAAACUUUCUUCAUUCUAUCUCUCUCUUUUCCUAAAAAGACAUGGAAACUUCACAAAACACCAAUCUCCAAAACCCUAAACCCACAAAGCCAUUUCAUCGUUGCCUAGAAGAAGAAAAAGAAGAAGCACACUCUCUCCUAAAUCUUCCCCUCAACGCCGAGAAACCCAAUUCCACCGCCGCCACAACCACCACUGAAGACCAACGUAAACGUUCAAUAGAGCUUUUUGAGUUCCUUACCUCAACCACCAACUAUUGUUCUCCCGCAGAAAACAUAAUCUUCGGCGGCAAAAUCAUCCCCUUAAAUUACCAAAACGCCAUCCUUACCUCUCCCGAAUACAUUCGCCCUCGCAUAAGCACAAGAUCCGAGUCCUUAUCCGCUAUACAAGGCAACAAGCUUAACCGUCCCGUGGCACGUGACAAUGCAAGACCCAUGAGGAUAAGCCGUUCUCUAGAUCAUCGCAACCUCACACGUGGAUCAACAGCCGCACGUGGAAAUGCUUCUCCGACAAAAAGUACGACAAAGCCAGAAACGGUCUCUUCGGGAAAUAGAAAAAGUGUUAAACCGAGAUGGUAUGUGAUCAUGUUUGGACUGGUUAAGUUCCCGCCGGAGGCCGAGCUGAGGAAUAUAAAGAGCCGUCAGGUUCGCCGGAAUGUUCCACCGGUUAUGUUCCCGUCUCCUGCUGACCGGAGGCCUCGUAGAACUCGAGGGUCCUCACCGUCUCCUUAUUGGAGGUUUCUCAACGCCUUGAGUUGCGAGGAGCCCACAAGUGUCGCUGCAACGACACCGCUUUGGCUUCCACAUGCUUAAAUUACUGUAUUAUCCCUAAGAAGUAAGAACUAUAAACCAUUGUGUGUGGCUACUACGUACUUGCUUUGUCGUCGACUGAGAAGGAGAUAAUCGUCAUUUACUAUAAGAUAAAACGAUAUUGUAACUUAUUUUGUGCAAGAAAUGUCGAUAUUGUAAGUUAUUUUGUUAAUCAAUAUUGAUAGUAGUUUGGACCAUAAC